UGGGCAUCUUGGAGAACUGGCUCUUUCUGGCGCUUCCAUGGCCACCUCCUUUGCUACUGUUACUGGCUUCAGCUUACUGAUGGGGAUGUCUAGUGCAAUAGACACCUUGUGUGGUCAGUCCUAUGGAGCAAAGCAGUACCAUAUGAUGGGCAUACAAAUGCAAAGAGCAAUGCUUGUUCUUGAACUGGUUUGCAUUCCUCUCUCAAUGAUCUGGCUUAGCACCGGCCCGAUCUUGAAGGCAUUCGGGCAGGAGGCCGCGAUUGCAGAUGUAGCUGGUCAGUAUGCUCAGUUCAUGACUCCAAGCCUUUUUGCAUAUGGCCUUCUCCAGUGUCUGGUUAGAUUCUUGCAGACACAAAACAUUGUGUUCCCUAUGGUGCUCACCUCUGGGAUAGUCACUGUGCUUCACACGCUGACAUGCUGGGUUCUUGUUUUCAAGUCUGGCCUUGGAUUCCGAGGGGCUGCCCUGGCCAAUGCUAUCUCCUAUUGGCUAAAUGUUUUGUUGUUAGCUCUUUAUGUCAUGUUUUCCUCUUCUUGUUCCAAGACUUGGACUGGCUUUUCUAAACAAGCGCUUAAAGACAUAAUGGUCUUUGUUAAGCUUGCAGUUCCUUCAGCUAUCAUGGUCUGCCUAGAGAUGUGGUCGUUUGAAAUGUUGGUGCUGGUUUCUGGCUUUCUCCCAAAUCCAGAAUUGCAGACUUCGGUACUCUCAAUCUGCCUCAACACGGCUGCAACGGUGUGGGCAAUCGCCUUUGGGCUUGGAGCAGCAACAAGCACGCGGGUGUCAAAUGAGCUGGGAGCAGGACACCCCCGGGCAGCGCAGGUAGCUAUCGGCGUUAGCGUUGCAACGGCAGCUUCACAGGCCGUUCUGAUAGGAUCAGUUCUGCUACUGACACGCAAAGUCUUGGGAUACGCUUACAGCAACAGCAUCCCAGUUGUUGAGUAUGUGUCUUCAAUGGUGCCUAUUGUAGCCCUCUCCAAUUUCUUGGAUGGACUCCAGACUGUGCUUUCAGGUGCUGUAAGGGGGUCUGGGUUGCAAAAGGUUGGAGCAUUCAUCAAUCUUGGAUCAUAUUAUAUUGUGGGCAUUCCUUCAGCUCUUUUGAUGGCUUUUGUUUUUCACAUUCAAGGAAGGGGCCUGUGGUUAGGGAUUAUAUGUGCAUUGCUAGUGCAAGUGACUUCUCUUCUUAUUAUCAUUGUCCGUACAGAUUGGGAACAACAAGCUAAAAAAGCUAGAGAGAGAGUCUACUAUUCUGCUAUCCCAAUUGAGGCAGUUUCCUGAAGGGCUAUCAAGAUGUCAUGUAUUGUGGAGUACUAAACUAAGUGAUGAAUAUUUUUUGUAACAUUGUAAAAUUUUGACUUUGUGCUAAAUAAAACAUUUGAGAUGAAUUUAGCUGGUAAAUGCGAUUGUCACAUAAGAGUAGACAUGUUUGUCCACAAACCAAACCAGAAAAAUUGUUCUAGGGUUGUUUGGAAAAUGGCGUUUCAGUCAAUAAUAGUGGUUUGACCUUUAUUAUUUCAAUUAGUGAAAACGUUGAUCUAUAUUGUAUGUUGAAUAGUUGUCUAGCCCUAUUGUUAUUGGACAGAAUGGUUGAAAUACAAACGCUACAAAUAGUAGCAUUUUGG